CGUUUUUAUUUUUUUGAGAGCGCUUCUCAGCGUCUCUCUCUCUCGUAAAUCAAAAAACCUCUCAAACUUUCGUAUCCUUUUUUACACAAACUUCGAUUAACAUUCUUCACGUUUACCCAAAAAAUCUCUUUUUUCGUGUGUCAUCCAUCGUUCUCCUCCUCCUCCUCCAUUGUUAAAUCUCGUUCGCCAUUUGCCAUUUUCACCAGCUAGUUGUGUUCAUUGGAGGCGCAACCUGUUCGUUAUAAUUCCUCAAAGAGCUUAGAAGAAUUAAGAAAAAAAAUUCUCUUUUUGGGAGAGGAAGAAAGAAUAAGCCUUUUUUUUUGGUGUUAGGACAUGAGAAUGGAGUUCCCUGGCAGAUCCAAUCAUCAUCACUUAUAUAAUAAUGACGGUUGUGGUAAUAACACGCGUGAUGACGACGAUGUCUGUUCUCAGACAGGAGAGGAGUUUUCAAACGAGUUCUUAAGGGAUGUUGCUGCUCAACGAAGACCACAGCUUGUUCCUAACAGAAACGCUGAGGCUAAUAAUCAUAACAAUCGACAUCUUGUUUACGAGGAUUUCAAUAGGAUCCUUGGUCUUCAGAGAGUCGAUUCCAACAUCUCAGAAGGUGUUACUAAUCAUCCCUCCAAUGUUGUUGCUGACUCGCCUCGGAGGACUGCAACAACAACAACAUCAGAUGUUUUUAUGCCUGAGAUCUUGAAGCUUCUUUGCAGCUUUGGGGGAAGGAUCUUACAGAGACCUGGCGACGGGAAGCUUAGAUACAUAGGAGGGGAGACUCGGAUCAUCUCCAUACGGAAACACGUUGGAUUAAACGAGCUGAUGCACAAGACUUACGCUUUGUGCAACCAUCCGCACACGAUCAAGUACCAGUUGCCUGGAGAAGAUCUUGAUGCGCUUAUAUCCGUUUGCUCUGAUGAGGAUCUUCUUCAUAUGAUUGAAGAGUAUCAAGAAGCUGAAACGAAAGGUGGUUCUCAGAGGAUAAGAGUCUUUCUUGUCUCUUCUACAGAAUCAUCGGAGUCUCCCAAGAUUUUCAACGAGAGGAACCGAAACACACACCAGCAGAAUGAUAUGGAUCAUUAUCAGUACGUUUCAGCUCUUAAUGGUGUUGUGGAUGUGAGUCCUCAUAAGAGCUCAAGCGGGCAAAGCGGGACGAGUCAGACGACGCAGUUUGGGAACGCUUCGGAGUUUAGUCCCACGUUUCAUAUCCGAGACUCGCCUACUUCUGCUCACAAAGACAGCAACAGUCCAACAACGUUCAUGAAUCCGUAUAUGAAUCAUUUUGUGCCUAGAAUGCAGAUUCCAAGCAACUCGUUUCUUCAACAGUCUCCUCCGCCAUCUCCUUUCUCAGUUCACAAGAGAGCAAACACAGACAUCCCUUACUUUGUUGAUCAGAAUGGUUUCUUUGAUAACAACAGUCGCCCUUACUUGGUUCCACCAAACUUCCCACAGCAGCAACAUAGGUUCUUGUUUGAGACUAAUGCUCAGGCGCAGAAUCUUCUUGACAGGAGCCCAAGCGACGAUGUUUACCCUCAUGGCGGCCAAGGUUAUAUGGGAGCGACGCUUAAGAAAAACGCUCUCUCUGAUCCACAGCUCCAUGACGAGAGCCAAAUCAACAAUGGGCUAGAAGCGUUUACAAGACAGCCGUGGAAGAUACUGAGGAAGAAACUGCAUGUUGUGGCUACUUCAAAGUGGGAAGAAGAUAGUGAUGAUAUCUAUUUCAAGAAACCGGAAGGCGGGAGGAGGAGCAAGGAGCUUGAUCUCAACAUUGAACCUCCUGAUAGUUUGAUGGACCGUGAUCAUACUUUUGAUCAGUCAUCAUCAAAGAAACAUGGUACUAGUUAUUUCAGUCCGAAUUAUCAACCAUCUGCUCAGCUUACUUCAAGUGAUUCAGGAAGCUCAGUCUUUUCUCUAUCAGCCAACACCAACGAGAAUCAUGUUGGUGGUUCGAGGGACAAAUCAAAUGGAGGUUUCCAGCAUGACAUCUCACUAGAUAUUCUCAUCAGAAACAACCACACUUCAGAUACAGAUCAAAAGUCAAGUGGUCAAGCAGAUUACUCCUCACCCAACAAACAUUUCCCAGAGGAACUUCUGAGACAGGAGGAGCCUAUGGUUCCCAGAUGUGUUUUGGAGUCAAAUAAUGAUGAUUCGGAGAUUCAUAGUUCUCUUCCUAAAGAUGAGAGCUUUCACUAUUGCGGAAUGCCACUUAGGAGGGUGGGAAGCAGAGAUGCUGCUUUUAUUCACACACAGGACUCUGAUGAUUUCUUCAGACACAAGCUGCUUGUUCCACAGUUCAUGGUUGAGGAUGUGACAAACGAAGAAAACGCUGAUAGUCUCUUGUCAGCUACUAUUGUCCCUCAUGUACAAAGUGAGUCAGACGAUGAUCACAAAUCUUACACAAGAGAGGAAGAGAAUAAAAAUGCAAACGAGGAAAAGUAUAAGAAAAGCAGAAACACUGACGAAUCAUUCAGCGAAGCUGCGAUGGUUGAAAUGGAAGCUGGAAUCUACGGCUUACAGAUAAUCAAGAACACUGAUCUUGAAGACUUACACGAGCUAGGAUCGGGUACAUUUGGAACUGUUUACUAUGGGAAGUGGAGAGGAACUGAUGUAGCUAUCAAGAGGAUAAAGAAUAGCUGCUUCUCUGGUGGAUCAUCAGAGCAAGCGCGACAGACUAAAGAUUUCUGGAGAGAAGCUCGGAUAUUGGCGAAUCUGCACCAUCCGAAUGUGGUGGCCUUUUAUGGAGUUGUGCCAGACGGACCUGGUGGAACAAUGGCAACAGUUACUGAGUAUAUGGUGAACGGAUCUUUAAGACAUGUCUUGCAGAGAAAAGACAGAUCGCUAGAUAGGCGCAAAAGGUUGAUGCUAACUCUAGAUGCUGCGUUUGGCAUGGAGUAUUUGCAUAUGAAGAAUAUUGUUCAUUUUGAUCUCAAAUGUGAUAACUUGCUUGUAAACUUGAGGGAUCCACAACGACCCAUUUGCAAGGUUGGUGAUUUUGGACUGUCGAGAAUAAAAAGAAACACGCUUGUGUCUGGUGGAGUAAGAGGAACUCUCCCAUGGAUGGCGCCAGAGCUGCUAAAUGGGAGCAGCAAUCGCGUCUCCGAGAAAGUAGAUGUUUUCUCAUUUGGUAUCGCCAUGUGGGAGAUUUUAACAGGAGAAGAACCAUAUGCGAAUCUUCACUGCGGUGCCAUCAUUGGUGGGAUUGUGAACAAUACGCUGAGACCUCAGGUACCUGAACGGUGUGAAUCAGAGUGGAGGAAGUUGAUGGAGCAAUGCUGGUCGUUUGAUCCUGGAGUAAGACCAUCGUUCACUGAGAUUGUUGAUCGGCUAAGGUCAAUGACUGUUGCCUUGCAACCCAAGCGACGAACCUAAAUGCUCUCUCUAAUGAAUAUUUAGAGAAGCAAAAAAAAAAAAAAUACUCAACGUAAGUUGUGCGGAGUCUGUAAAUUAGUAUUUGAGGCAUCUACUGGUUCAGGUAAAAAGUUGUAUGUAUACACAAAGAUAAGUUGAUGGUCUAUUUGAGUAACAAUACAAUUUUUUUCUUUUA